CGCUCGCUGCCAACGGGCCGGCCGCGGCGUCAGCAGCGCGCCGGGCACCCGGCCCGAGUCGCCCGCCCCGACCCUCCCGGCACCACACGCAGUAGCUGCUUUGCAAAUGGGUACGGAGUGAAGGCGGGCAGCGGGGCGGACAGAGGACCCCGCUCGCCGACUCCGCGCCGGCCAACCCCGCGGGGCACCGGGGGACGGCGGGCGGGCGCGCACGCCCCGCCCAACGCGCUUCCGGCCGAGCCACGUGACCGCGCGCGCACGUGUUCCGGCUCCUCGGCGCCGCGGGCCGGAAGCUGCUCCCGGCGGGUUCCCGGCUGCUGCCCGCCGAGAACCGUCGCGGGCCGGCGGGGGAGGCGGCGAGCCGGGAACGGCGCAGACGCGGCGCCCGCCGGGGAGCGGGCAGCGGCCUCGCCAUGAACCCCAGGGGCCUGUUCCAGGACUUCAACCCGAGUAAGUUCCUCAUCUACGCCUGCCUGCUGCUCUUCUCCGUGCUGCUGCCCCUCCGCCUGGACGGCGUCAUCCAGUGGAGCUGCUGGGCCGUGUUCGCCCCCAUCUGGCUGUGGAAGCUCCUGGUCCUCGCGGGCGCCUCGGUGGGCGCGGGCGUCUGGGCGCGGAACCCGCGCUACCGCACGGAGGGGGAGGCCUGCGUGGAGUUCAAGGCCAUGCUGAUCGCCGUGGGCAUCCAUCUGCUGCUGCUCAUGUUCGAGGUCCUGGUCUGCGACAGGGUGGAGCGGGGGACCCACUUCUGGCUGCUGGUCUUCAUGCCGCUCUUCUUCGUGUCCCCCGUGUCCGUGGCCGCCUGCGUGUGGGGCUUCCGACACGACCGGUCCCUGGAGCUGGAGAUCCUGUGCUCCGUCAACAUCCUGCAGUUCAUCUUCAUCGCCCUGAGGCUGGACCGGAUCAUCCACUGGCCGUGGCUGGUGGUGUUUGUGCCGCUCUGGAUCCUCAUGUCGUUCCUCUGCCUGGUGGUCCUGUAUUACAUCGUCUGGUCCCUCCUGUUUCUGCGCUCCCUGGAUGUGGUUGCCGAGCAGCGAAGAACACACGUGACCAUGGCCAUCAGCUGGAUAACGAUCGUGGUGCCCCUGCUCACCUUCGAGGUUCUGCUGGUGCACAGGCUGGACGGCCACAACGCGUUCUCCUUCAUCUCCAUAUUCGUCCCCCUUUGGCUUUCGCUAAUCACGUUGAUGGCCACAACUUUUAGGCGGAAAGGGGGCAACCACUGGUGGUUUGGUAUUCGCAGAGAUUUCUGUCAGUUUCUGCUCGAAAUUUUCCCAUUUUUAAGAGAAUAUGGGAACAUUUCCUAUGAUUUACAUCAUGAAGAUAAUGAAGAUGCUGAAGAAACAUCGGCGUCAGAAGCGCCUAAAAUCGCUCCGAUGUUUGGAAAGAAGGCCAGGGUGGUGAUAACCCAGAGCCCUGGGAAAUAUGUUCCCCCACCCCCCAAGUUAAGUAUUGAUAUGCCAGAUUAAACUCGUCUUCUGGGGCGUGUCCACAAGUGGAAGAGAAACCAUAUACACACAAAAUCCACCUUCCUUUGACCUCUUUGCUCAUGCAUGCCAAACCUGGAACUGAAAACAGGCUCCAAACAUCAUUUCAUGCCUUGUUUGAGGUUGCUGCCUAUCAGUGACUCAUCAGCACUCACCAGAGACGUAGGAGGCUAUUUUACUGUGCAGCUGUGUGUGCGUGGUGCGCCUCUGUGACGCGCUUGUUCUCCAGGCUGGUGUCGUGAGCCAGCCGCGAGCAGUGAAUAGGGUUGUUCAGGCAGGUCCUCAGAUGGAGUGACUACACAGCUGGGGAUUUUAAAGUGGUACUAUACCUAUCAAAAGUAUUGUUUUGAAAAGUAUUUUUAUACACUGCUAAUGUAAAAUUGUAUUUCAGAUUGUGCCUGUUGUGACAUAGUAGCAAAUGUAAAGCAUUCUCUUUCCCACCACUUGCAUAUAAGCCUCAUAGUUGUUAUUUUUAGUGUUGCUACUGUUAGAAUGGUUUUUCUUUGGGCUUUGCCGAUACUGGUCUUUAACAGCCUAAUAGGUGAAUUUUUCUAAUGCAGUGAAUCCAUCCAUAUAUGAUAUUUAUAUGACUGUUUUAGCACUGUAAUGUGUUGAAUUCUA